AUGACUCCAAUGUUCGUAGAAUGCACUUGGCUCUUGAUAUAUGGCAAUGUCCCUUCGGCCGGAGUUCUUUCGGGAUACUGGCCUAUUGCUAGCCGAGGCCAUGUAAUCAUCACCACUCGUAACUCCUCUGUUGCGUAUCGCCAAGCCAGUUCUGCGAUUGAGAUAACAUCUUGGGAUGUCACUAUGGGAUCCGAAUUCCUCAUGUUCCUCCUACAGAGAGAGUUUGGGAAUGACGCAAAGAAGGAAGGCAUAUCAGCACUCGAACUGUCGCGCUGGCUGAGUGGACAUGCUUUAGGUAUCUCGCACAUGGCUGGACUCAUUCACAAACGAUCAUGGACUAUAUCCGAGUUCAUGAAUGUCUACCUGAACAACCCCCGUCGUGUUGAUGGAAAGCAAGGCUCGGAGCUUCAGGCGCUAUGGGACUUUUCUUUCCAGUCUUUGGAUACGGACGUGCGAAGCUUUCUGGGUGUUUUGUCCUUCUUGAUGCCCGACAACAUCCCUCAAUCGCUGUUUGAGAUUACUGAGGGCCUACCAAACAGGCUCGAUUUCUGCUCGGACCAGUUCAGCUUUUCCGAAACAAUUGAGGAUCUUCUUGAGACCUCAUUAAUCAAAAGGAACAGAAACACUAGAGCAUUUUCCAUCCAUCGAAUGGUGCAAACACAAUUCAGAUAUUUUCUGAAGCCUUCCGAGCUUUUCGACAGUUUUGAAGAUGCCGUUAAGCUAGUAUACCAUCAAUACCCCAAGAUGGGAGAGAAAAAGGGCCAGCUUUACGACGAAUGGUCCCGAUGCGAUGCCCUGCUCCAACAUGUCAUCUCUUUGAAAGAUUGCUUUAGAGAGAUCCGCAACUCUGAUAAGAAGUUCAAGGCCAUAUGGGAGUUCUGUGAACUCUUGAGAGAAUGCCAAAGGUAUCUGUAUGAGUCGAACGCUUUCAAGGACCUCGAGGACAUGUGCAAAGUCAAUCUCGUUGCCGUCGAAACUUUAGAAGACCAGCAAAAGAUCAAUGAACUUCUUCCGCAUAUCUAUUCCCACCAAGCAAAUAUGUAUGAAGGUUUAGGCCAGGCCAAGGAGGCUAUUGAAUUGAACAAGAAAGCGCUCGAAAUUCGGCUCCGAGAGGAUCCUGUCAAGCACGUCCUAUGCUACGGAUUGGAAGCUAACCUUGGUUACACGCACAACACUGCUGGCGACCACAAACUUGCCAUGAACUGGUUCGAGAAGGCACGCAGCCGUUGGUUGACACACGUGGCAGAGGAUGAUGACCACGGCGCAUACCCACCUGUACUGAAGAAGAACAUAGCUCGUUGCUUGCUAUACUUGGGGGAUCUUCAGGAUGCCAGAAUCCUACUGGAGGCGUCUAUUGAGGAGUUCAAGAACUCGAAACCCUUCAACUGGGGUAUGCUUGCUUUUGCUUACCAAGUCAUGGGCCUCAUAAACCGAUCCGAGGGAGAUUUCAAAACGUCUGAAGAGAACUUUAUCGAUGCACAGAAUGUUUGGCGGCAGGGAGACAAAGCCCGACUAAACCCAUUUUAUGGUGGAUGUGCCUACAAGGCUGGCGCCGUCUGUCUCGACCAGGGCAAAACAAAGGCAGCGAUCAAACAUCUACGAGACUCGAUGGAUGUAACGAGCUUCUACAAGGAAGACAUGCCUGUCGAGCAUGCGCGCACUUGCUUCAAGCUAUCUGAAGCUCUUUUCAGGGACAAUCCGAAUGACACUACUGAAGCGGAGGAUUUGAGAAGUCAGGCAGAGACUUAUCUAAAGAAGCGCGACCUAGAUGCCAAGGAGUUUACUCUUGAGUCUUCUUAUGAUCAGUUUGUUCCAAUCUUUUGGCGCUGA